AUGGUAAUUACUAAACAAAGUAUAAAUGAUGAUCAUAUUCAUCAUUUACAAUUAAAUGCGAAUCAAUCAUCAGUUCCUAUACAUUUUACUAUUAAAGAUACAAUUGAAAACAAAAAUAGCAGUGUUUAUCUUCUCUCAUUACUAGCUUUUGAUGAGUCUAAUCAAUCAUCACGGGAAAGCUUACUUUUUCAACAAUAUUUUCCAGUGAAUCACGUUAAUUCCACUACAUUUAUUGUCCAUAACACAUGUAGGGUAACAUUUCGUUAUUAUUAUUUUUCUUUAGUCUUAUUUUAUUUGACUAUCUGUAUAGCAAAUCUUCUCAAAUGUUUGCCUGCAGACUAUCCAUGUCUAGAUACAAGUGAAAUGUCUGAUAAAACUGUAUCUGUAUGUUGUAAUGAUAUCAAAUGUCAACAUUCCGAUAAAAAUAAACUAAACAAGCCUACUUGUGGUGGUAGAGCUGCAGUCGUUUUCUAUGCGGUUCUUACUUAUAUUUUACCUGAUGCUAUAAAAGCAAAACAUGGAUUACUAAAUGCAUAUGAUAUAAAAAUGUUUGAGACAAUCUGUCAAGCAAUAUCAGUUCCAGGUACUAUUAUUACAGUCAUCAAUGCUACCAUUCAUUGUGGCUGUCCCAAUAUAUUAGAAAAUUCUCAAUCGAGUUUUGGUAAUAAAGAUAUUUUGAAGAUCUAUUUAUCAAUAACUACUGCAGUAUCAUGCACUCAUUGCCAAAAUGAAACUCUGAAUUCGAUCAAUCGCAAACAAAUGCCAUUUAAAGUUUCUUUACAAGAUAAUUCUUCUAUAAUAAUUAGGAUUAAAACAUCUGAUAUUCAGAUUAUUCAUAUUCCAGAUCAAAAUUUAAUUGAAACAGUAGAGAAGAAACGUACGUACAAUGCUAAAUUUCAUAUUCGAUGGUUUAACGCAUCUCCUGACACAUAUGAAAGACCUAUAUUAAGUAUUAAUAAUGAAUUUCCAGCACCUACUACUUAG